UAUAAUAUAUAUAUAUAUAUUAUAUAUUAAAAUAUGUCGGAUUUUUCUAGAUACAUUCUGGUCGCAUUAAACGUUGCUAUCCUAAUCUUCGGAGUGUACCACAUUUAUUUUGCCCGGGAUGUGAGCGAUCGGUCGGCCGUAAACCCGUGCCUGCGGCCGAGCGCCGCCACCGUGCAGGCCGCCGGCGUCGUUGGCGUUGUGGUGGCGGCCAUCGGGAUCGUCGGAUCGUGCUUCCGGCUGAGGGCCCUGCAGUCUGUAUACCUGUGGGCGGUGCUGAUGUGGACGGCGGCUGCCGCUGCCUUCUGCGUUUUUAUCUGGGCGAUGAUGCCGUGGACGACGGCGGAGGUGACGUACUACAAGAUUGCGGAGCGCGGGGUCUGGCUGGCGGAGUACCGGCCGGCGCUGAGGAAAGUGGUGGCCAACGAUAAGGACAUGUUUGCCGUGAAGACGUGUUUUAAGGAGAUUGAUACGUGCCGAACUAUGGCUAACCAAACGGAGACCCAGAAAGAUGUUUUCAUUGACUUUGGUUGCUGCAGCCCACCAACACGUUGUGGUAUGUUGCAAGACGAUACGGGCCGUUGGGCUGCCGCUUCCAAUGGGCUUAACUCAACGGACGACGAGUGCCAACUGUGGGCACGAGUGGGCCGAAACUGUUUCAACUGCGACUCUUGCGAGGCCGGGUACUUGGCCAGCUUCCAAAGCCGGUGGGACAAAAGCGUCAUUUUACGCAGUGUCUGUAUGCUUGUCCUUAUAGCCACGUCAGCGCUGACCUAUUAUGUCUUUAUCAACGACCAUUAUACCGGAAAUAAUAAAAAUAAAAAUCCAAAGAAUGGGAAGCUUGUGGGAUCUCAUGUUUGAUACACCAAAAUUUAUUUACUUAUUGGGCUUCAGAUGGGGAAAAAUUGUUAUGUUUAUGCUGGGUUAUAUAUAUUUUAACUGCCACCAUAUCAUUGCUGG